AAGAUCUUUAAUAAGGAAAUUUACUUGUUAUAAUUCAAAAUGUUCUUCCUUUUUUAAUAUUUAUCUAAUUUGAUAGUCACAUGUAAACAAUUCAUUCAUGCACCAGAGAGAUUGCGAUUGUUAAUCUUAAAUACUGUUGUUUCUAUUUGUAUUAAGUUAGUGGAUACUUCAGUUCCAAAAUUGUCAUUGUGUAGGGAAAGUCAUCAAAGUUCCGUCCCAACCAGUUGUAGUUCCAUUGUCCCAUCUCCCACCACUGAGGUGGGCUGGCCAAGCACUUCAUGGUAGAGCAAGUUCUUCAGCCAGGGAUCACAUUUCACUUAAUUGUGGAUUUAAUCGGGGAGUCGUUGACACCUGGCAGCCACAGAAGCUUCACAGCAGAGCAACAAUUAAACAGAGGCAUUUCUCCCAUUUGCAGAGCGACCGAGAAUCCCGGAGGCCAGCGGCAGAAGGCGGACGACAACUCGGAGACAGUGGCAAAUACCUAAGCAUGCUGCAGAAUCCUUCCAAAUAUCACGCAAAUCCCUUGUCGCACUUCCUGGCAUUGCAUAACACACAAGCCAGUGGCGGCGGCAGCGGCGGGGGAUCGUCGGUCGCCGGACUUGGAGGCUUGGGUGGGGGCAUCCAUGCACAUGGUCAACCGCAUCAUGCGGCGCUGGCAGCGGCUGCAGCAGCGGCGGUCGCCGUCUCGGCGGGUCAGAGUUCAUACCAAAUGGAGCACCAGCAGCAGCAUCAUCAGUUGCAGCAGCAGCAGCAGCAACAUCAUCAUCAGCAGCUGCACACCCACCACCAGGAUGGCCACCACCCACACCCACCGACACCCACCACCGGCAACAACAACAGCAGUAGCAGCAGCAACAGCAGCAGCCACAACAGCAACAGCAACCACCGGGAACAGUUGGCGGCGGCGGCAGCCACUGCGACGUCGCACGCGCAGCUCAUCGAGGCGGCAGCGGCGCAUUCCUCCCUCGACGUGGGCAAGUCCUUCACCAUCGCCGCCAUUUUGGGCCUGCAGAGCCAGCGCAAGGACUACAACAAUGCCAUCAAUCUCUCCCUGCACGACAACAACAACAUCAUCGGCGACGACAACAACAAGUGCUACACGAGCAACGCCAACAACAAUAACAACAACGGCAGCAGCAACAGUGGCAACAACAACAGCAGCCAGAGUGUAAACAACUUCAAUUGUGAUAGUGUCGCCGGCAAUGGACGUUACCUGCACGGCGGACACCAGCAUCCGCAUCCGCACCAGGCGGGUUUUGCAGCGGUUGCCGCCGCCGUCGGAGCAGCUCCCUCCGCCCUGCAGAGCCUGCAGCAGCUCCACCAGCAACACCACGCCCAGCAGCAGGCAACCCUGAGCUUUCAGCGGGAGAAACUCAAGUCGGAUUCCCACAAGAAGAGCGCACUGAAGAACAAGCGCGUGCGGACAAUCUUCACGCCGGAACAGUUGGAGUGCCUGGAGGCGGAGUUCGAGCGCCAGCAGUACAUGGUCGGCCCGGAGCGGCUCUACUUGGCACACACCCUAAAGUUGACGGAGGCGCAGGUGAAGGUGUGGUUCCAGAACAGGCGGAUCAAGUGGCGCAAGCACCACUUGGAACUGACACAACAGCGGCUGGCAUUGAUAAGGCAAACUCAACUGCCAGGUACGUCGAUAUUGGGCAAUCAAGUAACCGUGUCGGCCAAUGCGGCCCAUUCUGCGUCCACGGAACGCACAAACGGAUGCAGUGCAGCCUCGCCCAGCCUGCAGGAGGAGGACAACGAGGACAGCAAGCACUCGCUGUCGCUUUCGGGCGCACUACCGCCGUUGAGUCGAGCGCAGUCCGAGUCGGAUCUUUCCAUCUGCAACGAUUCCCUGGACGGCGAUAGCCUCAUGGACGGCAGCGAGGAGGCCUAAAAACCACGUCAGUGCAAAGCAAGUUUCCUGUAAAUAUAGUCAAAUAAAUAUGUACAAUAUCGGUUUUCUUUA